AGCACCAGCGCGUGCACACGGGCGAGCGGCCCUUCCGCUGCCCGCUCUGCCCCAAGACCUUCACGCACUCGUCCAACCUGCUGCUGCACCAGCGCACCCACUCGGCCGAGCGCCCCUUCGCCUGCCCCAUCUGCGGCCGCAGCUUUGUCAUGGCCGCCUACCUGCAGCGGCACCUGAGGACGCAUGCCCCGGCCAACGCCGCUUCUGGCUCCGCAGCCCCCGGCGCCGGCCCCCAGCCCCCUGCCCCGCUGGCCGCCGCCCCAGCCCCGUCCGCCACCCAGGAUGUCCACGUCCUACCCCACCUCCAGGCCACGCUCUCCCUAGAGGUAGCAGGAGUCUCGGCCCAGGCCCCGCCCCCCGGCCCAGCAGCCCCCAACUCCCAGACGUUUCUCCUGGUGCAGACUGCCCAGGGCCUCCAGCUGAUCCCCAGCAGCGUGCAGCCCCCCACACCCCCGCCUCCGCCCGCCCCCCCCAAGCUCUUCUUGCUGCCCUCCUCCAGUACUGGUGGUGGGGGCAGCAGUGCAAGGCAAGGCCCACGGGCAGUGGGGAAAGCUGGGCAGGGGGCUGGGGUAGUCUGGCUGCCAGGCCCUGGGGGGCUAGGGGUGCAGGGAGGGAGCAACACCGGGGCCGGCGCGGGAGCGCAGAGCCUCAUAGUUCUGCAGAAUGUGGGGGCUGGGGAGGCAGGGCCGCAGGAAGUGAGCGGGGUCCAGCUCCAACCCCUUCGGCCAGCCCCGGAACUGACCACGGUCCAGCUACAGCCGGCCCCGGAGGUGACCACGGUCCAGCUGCAGCCUGUAACGGGUCAGCUGUCCAAUUCCAGUGGGGGAGCCGUCACCACUGAGGCGCCUAACCUGCUGGUGGUUCAGAGUGGGGCAGCGGAGGAGUUGCUGGCGGACCCCGGCCCGGGGGAGCCCGGUGACGGUGAGGCCAGCACUGGUGUGGUCCAGGAUGUGCUCUUUGAGACGCUGCAGACGGAGGAGGGGCUGCAGAGUGUCCUGGUACUGAGCGGGGCUGAUGGGGAGCAGACCCAGCUAUGUGUGCAGGAGGUAGAGACCUUACCCUCGGGGCUGGCUGAGCCGCCAGCCCCUGGCCCGCCGGGACAGAAACUGCUCAUUAUCCGCAGUGCCCCGGCCGCUGAGCUGCUGGAGAAUGGCAGCGUUGGGGGAGGCGCCGCUGCGCUGCAGCUGCUGGCCCCACCACCACCUGGCCCAGGCUCUGCUCCCGCGGGCGUCCCUGCGGCUCCUGCCUCCCAGAUGGUACAAGUGGUCCCUGCAGGAGCUGCACCUGGGGGCAUGACCCCACAGGGCCUGCCCUCCAUCCAGAUUGUCCAGACUCUGCCCGCAGUCCAGCUGGUGCACACGUUCUGAGUAGAACCACUGGUACCCCUUCCCGCCCCACACAGAGACCCCGACUCACUGUCCGCCUGGGCUGGGCUGAGCUGGGGGGAGGGGAACCGCAGGCUGGGCUUGCUAAUAAAGACCAGAAUCUCCUCUCCUGUG